CUUGGUCCGUCUCAUCCCCCCUCUCCUCCUCUCCCCCUCUCUCUCUCUCUCUCUCUCUCCCUCUCCAUCUCUUUCUCUCUCUAGGAUUCCGGUGGACGGAGAGAUCGCGCCGGAGCUCUCCUUCUUCACUCCCUCCGCCGAUGCUCUGAUCGGUCUCCGUCGAUCGGAAUCGGCAUUGUCGCGGUCCGAUACCGUUCCGUCGGAUCCUCUCCGCUCGAUUCCGCCGGCUGAGGAUUCCGGCGAUCGGAGGUUCCUUCCCCCCGCCGGUUGCGGUGCGUACACGCGCGCGCGCGCGCACGCAUAACACGCGCUUAGCGACCGGGGUGCUGAGGAGGGAGAGCUGGAGCCGAUACAGGAAGCGCAGUCCCUGAAGGCCCCCGCCACCGCCGCCGCCGGGAACGGCCAGAUCCGGUACAGAUCCCCUUCCUCCGCCGAGCUCUUCGACGCCGCCGCCGCCCUCAACCCGAACUCCCCGCCGUCGGACCAGCAGCUCCACCACCAGCACGAGCUGGACAAGAUGAUGAAGCGGCCCCCGGGGCGGUUCCACGAGGACAAGAUCCAGAAGUACCGGGGCGUCAUACUGGUGAUCUCCGUGCCUCUCUUGCUCAUUGGAUUUGUGCUCUUCUUGAUGCCUUCUGGAUCUCCUUCCGAGUCGAUUGAGGAGUACACGCUCGCGCACCGCAAGGCCUCUCCGGGUUCGAAGUCCAGGACUUAUGCGGUUAUUUUCGACGCGGGUAGCUCCGGGAGUCGCGUGCAUGUGUUUUGUUUCGAUCAGUACUUGGAUCUCGUUCCCAUGGGAAAGGAACUCGAGCUCUUUCUUCAGAUUAAGCCGGGUUUAAGCGCGUAUGCGAAAAAUCCCAGACAGGCUGCGGACUCGUUGCUUUCUCUUCUUGAUAAAGCAGAAAGUGUUGUUCCUAAAGAGCUCCGCGGCAAGACUCCGGUUAAAGUCGGGGCAACGGCUGGCUUGAGGGCAUUGGAAGGCGAUGCAUCUGAUAAGAUUCUAGAUGCGGUUCGGGAGCUUUUGAAAGAUAGAAGCAGCCUUAAAUCUGAGUCAGGGUGGGUUAGUGUUUUGGAUGGAACACAGGAAGGUGCUUAUCAGUGGGUGACAAUAAACUAUCUGUUAGGAUAUUUGGGAAAGCAAUAUUCCGAUACGGUUGGAGUUGUUGAUCUUGGAGGGGGCUCAGUUCAGAUGGCAUAUGCUAUAUCGGAAGAGGAUGCUGCGAAGGCGCCCAGGGUCUCAAAUGGAGAGGAUGAGUAUGUCAAAGAAAUGUUUCUCAAAGGAAGAAAAUACCACCUCUAUGUUCAUAGUUACUUGCGCUAUGGUCUACUAGCAGCUCGAGCGGAAAUUUUGAAGGUUUCUGGUGACUCAGGCAACCCUUGCAUCUUGGAAGGUUACGAGGGGUCUUACCAAUAUGGUGGUGUGAACUACGAAGUACCAGCUUCUUCAUCUGGUUCAAACAUGAAUGAGUGCAGAAGGAUUGCUUUGAAAGCCCUCAAAGUUAAUGAAGCAACAUGUACACACAUGAAAUGCACAUUCGGUGGUGUUUGGAAUGGUGGAGGAGGGGAUGGACAGAAGAAUCUAUUCGUUGCUUCGUUUUUCUUUGACAGGGCUGCUGAGGCUGGCUUUGUGGACCCCAACAAACCUGUUGCCAAGGUCAGUGCUGCGGAGUUUGAGGAGGCAGCUAAACGUGCUUGCCAAACUAAACUGGAAGAUGCAAAAUCUAUAUAUCCUCGUGUAGAAGUUGGUAAUCUGCCGUAUUUAUGCAUGGAUCUCGUUUACCAAUAUACAUUGCUUGUAGAUGGAUUUGCUAUUGAUCCCUGGCAAAAGAUUACUCUGGUGAAGAAGGUUAAGUAUCGCAAUGCCUUCGUUGAAGCAGCAUGGCCAUUAGGCAGUGCCAUAGAGGCUGUAUCGGCGCAAAGAUAACUGCAGAUUAUCUCAUAUUAGCUUGGCAUUCUAAGAGGCACUUGGUUCUGUGAUUCUCAGAGGAGGCUGAAGGAAAAAGUAGUUGAUUGUUAAAAGUUGACAUCAGGUCAGUACUGAAUUCGAAUUUUGCGGUCAAUAUAUUCAGAAUAAUGAGGGGAAGAGCAUUGAUUUAUUAUUGCCAUGUAAUUAUCUGAGUUCCAAUAUUCUUUUGAUGCCUGCCUGUGGAGAUGAUUUUGACCCUGUCACAUUCUUUUACUUUGCAUGUGAACAUUUGAGAUUGUAAUACAGGUGCUCUGUGGUUUUAAGCUUCC